AUGUCUGAAUCAGACCAUUCAGAACAUAGUGACACCGAUACCCACAAAUCCGCCGAUACCCACAAAUUCGUCGAUACCCACAAAUCCGCCGAUACUAGUGAUUCUGGUCAGUCUAAGAACACCAUGUUUCGAGGUUCCAAAUCGGAGUUUCAUCUCUCUCCUGUCGUCUCCAAUAUUAGGAACCACAUUCCUAUUAUUCUUGAGAUGCAAAAAGAUCAAUAUGACACCUGGGCCGAGCUUUUCCGCAUCCAUGCUCAACCCAACUCCACUGCAAUGGAAACAUGGAAUCGCUUGGAAGAUAUUUUUCAAGACAACCAAAAUGCUCGAGCUGUCACUCUUGAGCAAGAGUUUUCUAACAUUCGUAUGGAAGAUUUUCCCAAUGUAUCAGCUUACUGUCAGCGUCUUAAGAUGCUUUCUGAUCAGUUGAGAAUUGUGGGCUCCCCUGUCAACAAUCAUCGUCUGGUCCUUCAGCUGAUCUCUGGUCUCCCAGAAGCUUACCGUAGUAUUGCUACUUUGAUUCGCCAGAGCAACCCUCUUCCGGCAUUCUAUUAG